AUGGCAACUCCAGGCUCCGGCUUUUGGUCCUUCGGGUCUGAAGAUGGCUCCGGGGAUCCCGAGAACCCCGGCACAGCCAGAGCCUGGUGUCAGGUGGCCCAGAAGUUCACGGGCGGAAUCGGAAACAAGCUGUGCGCCCUGCUGUACGGAGAUUCGGAGAAGCCAGCGGAGAGUGGCGGGAACGAGCCGCCACGGGCCACCUCCCGGAAGGCCACCUGCGCCUGUAACCAGAAGCCUUGCAGCUGCCCCAAAGCGGAUGUCAACUAUGCUUUUCUACACGCAACAGACCUGCUGCCGGCAUGUGAUGGAGAAAGGCCCACUCUGGCGUUUCUGCAAGAUGUUAUGGGCAUUUUGCUUCAAUAUGUGGUGAAAAGUUUCGACAGAUCAACCAAAGUGAUUGAUUUCCAUUACCCUAAUGAGCUCCUUCAAGAGUAUAACUGGGAACUGGGAGACCAACCACAAAGUCUGGAGGAAAUUUUGAUGCAUUGCCAAACAACUCUAAAAUAUGCAAUUAAAACAGGGCAUCCCAGAUAUUUCAAUCAACUUUCCACGGGACUGGAUAUGGUUGGAUUAGCAGCAGACUGGCUGACAUCAACAGCAAACACUAAUAUGUUCACCUAUGAAAUUGCUCCAGUAUUUGUGCUCUUGGAAUAUGUCACGCUAAAAAAAAUGAGAGAAAUCAUUGGCUGGCCUGGGGGCUCUGGUGAUGGGAUAUUUUCUCCUGGUGGCGCUAUAUCUAACAUGUAUGCCAUGCUGAUCGCACGCUUUAAGAUGUUCCCAGAAGUCAAGGAGAAAGGAAUGGCUGCUGUUCCCAGGCUCAUUGCCUUCACAUCUGAGCAUAGUCACUUUUCUCUCAAAAAGGGGGCUGCAGCUCUGGGGAUUGGAACAGACAGCGUGAUCCUGAUUAAAUGUGAUGAGAG